GAAUGAGAACAUGCACAACCUCAGCGUGGGAGAAUUGGCACUGCAACAGGACAUGAGGGAGCCGGCGUAUUCCUUCGUGUUUGGGACCGUCAUAGCGUUCGGUCUCCCGCUCAACGCCGUGUCGCUGUGGAUUCUGCUGUGCCACCACAGUCGCAAAACACCCAGCUCCGUGUUCAUGGUCCACCUGGCAGUCUCGGACCUGGUACUCGUCAUCUCGCUGCCCAUGAGGGUCUACUUUUACGCCACGGGCACCUGGCCCGUGGGCAGCAUGGCGUGCAUCUGGGCCACGAUGCUGUUCCGCAACAACAUCCGCUCCAGCUCCAUCUUCAUCACCUUCAUCAGCGUGGACCGGCUGCUGGCGGUGGUCUACCCCCUCAAAUCGCGGCCUCUCCGGACCCCGUCCAAGGCCUGCAAGGCCGCCGCGACCGUCUGGCUCUUCCUGCUGGCGGUGAACAUCCCGGAGAGCGUGAACCUAUCCAGGCUCCUGAACAACUCCUCCACACCUGCCUGUUUUCAGUUUUACCCUGCGGAGGUGGACAGGAAGCUGCACACCUCGGCGGCGGCGUACUUCCAGCUGGUGCUGCUCUUCUUCAUGCUGGCGGUCAACGUCGUUUCCACGGCCCUGGUGUCCUGGACCCUCCGCAAACACGUGAACGAGGCCGCCGCCAGAGUAAACAACAAAGUCAACGUCAUGCUCAUCUUCGCCAUGAACCUGACGAUGUUCACCGUCUUCUUCCUGCCCGUGUCGCUGGUCGUCUUUUUCAACGACUGGAGGCCGGCCCUGAAUUGUCUGGCGAGCGUGAACUGCUGUCUGGAUCCGCUGCUGUACUACUUUUCUUUCGACGGCUUCUGGAAGAGGAAGGAGGACGUGGACUCGUCUCUGGCGAGAGAUCAGUGCCUGAGCAUGAAUAGACAGGGCCAGCAGCGUCAGGAGGAGCCGUUUCAAUAGAAUGUGUUUCUGCUUGUUGUGAGAUAACAUUCAGGUGAAAAAUCUUAAAUAUGCAAGAAGAAUCGGGAUUAGUUUUUAUUCUCUAAGUAAGAGCCGAAGUGAAAUAUAAAUAUGAAGCCACACAAAGAUACGGCAGGCAAAACAAUAGUUAGUGACUGGUAUUCAGCUAGAUUAAAACAAAAGGCCAAAAAUCCCCACAAUCUGAAACAUCUAUGCUGCAUCAUGGCUCAGUUAUAUAGUGGAAAGAAAAGUGCUGCUCUGGGUUCGAUGUACAGAUGUAAGCUGUGUGGGCUUUGUUGUCGGUGUAAAAAAUAAAAAGAAGAAAUAACAGGUGGGAGUCAGCUCAUGUAAUGCGACAACGUGAAACAAGCUGGGGGAAUGUCACAGCAAUUAUCCAAACUAUUGGAUAGACGGGGCAGAAAUGACUGUGAAAUCAUGCUGUUAUCAUUCUGCAAAGUGGGCAGAAGCUGCGAGUGUUGUGGGAGAUGAGUUGUGGCGAAUACGGCAGCAGAUUUAUUCAACUUUUCCUGCAAGACAGAUAAGUUUGUGGACGUUUGCACAAAGCUGUUAUUUCUGAUGCAUACAAGAGACAUGGGUACUUUGUUGUUGAUCUUAAUGUAUUUACAAAGAAAGCGUAGACAGACUUUAGCGAAGGGGUGUCAAACAUAAGGCUUGUGGGCCAGAGCUGGCCUGCCAAACUACCAAAGAAAUUGAGACAUUGUUAUAGAAAACAUAGAUUUUUUUUUUUACACAUUUUUUUAAGACUCAGACACAACGCUGAGACCUGAGCUGAGAAAUCAAUGAUGCUGACAAGAGAGAGCUACCUCGACUUGUCUCAAAAUCAUGCUGUCAGGAUAAGUUUGUAAAAAAAUAUGCACAAUGAAGACAGCUAAAGCAGAAGUCCUCUGAACAUUUUACUGUGUUUUGCACCAGAAUUUACUGUAAAGAUUGUCUUUAUGUUGACAUUAUAGUAAGUGUCCACAGGAAUUGUUUGGUUUUUGAUAAAAUAGACGUUGUCCAUUAUGUAUGCUGUAUUAUGGCACAAAAGCAACAAUAACAACAAAAAAACUGUAAAAGUUAUUUUGGCAUUGUUUAACCAGUAUGUACUGUAUGUGUUGUCUAAAUCAGGUUGUCAAACCCGUUUUCGUUCAAAGUAUAUUUCAAUGUGGUUUUUAAAAAAAAAAAAAAAAAAAAAAUUACUAUUUAGUGCUUGAGAUUUUUUUUUUCAUUUGCACAAAAUACCACAGCUACUUCUGGGAAACUGUGAUGCUAGAAGCUUGUAAAAAGUCCAAACUGAUAGUCAUCUCCUCAUUUACAUACCGUUUUAGAACGUGUUUGAGAUGUCAGAUGGAAGAGCAGAAUAAAAUCUGUUCGGACUUGAAAAUGUAACAGAGGAGGAAUUAAACUGAACAAAACAUUGCCAGUAUCAAUUUUCUGCAACUGCUUAAUGUGUUUGGAAAAAGGAGCUAAACAAGAGGCCUUUCUAAGUAAAAUUUGAAGAAAAGACACUCUGACAGACUGUUUUUCCAAGAGGAAAAAAAAUGCAACAAAAAUGUUGCUGUUUGAUGAACGUGAUCUACUUGCGUGAUGGUCUUGUUCUGUGGCAUUUAUGGAGAUGGUGUUGUAGAGAUCAUGAUUAGAUAGGCACAGUUGGGUGAAGCUACUGUGAAAGUCUCCCAUGAAAGAUUUGCAUCAGAGUUAUCAUUUUAAAUACCGAUCCAUCCUCUACAGGAUUGAGUAAGUGUGUUGCUGUUCAGACUUCAGUCAUUUCACACGUGGCUGUUGAUAUCUCAGCUACUGACUUGAUGGUUUUAGUGCAACUGUGGCGAGUGUGACAGGUGGAAAGGGAAGUGGUGGCCGCCAAGCAGAAGGGUUUGCACCCUUUAAGUAGACCAGUGGGCCACGUGCAGCCCACAUCCCCAUUUUCUUUCCUCCGUUUUCCAAAAACAAAUAUAUCAUUUUCAGAGAUUAUAAGGACACAACAUAUUUGAAACACAACUAUGUAUUUCAACAACUAACUGAAAAAAAAAUACUGGGACUACAAUUUUCCAAAUUUCAAAUCACUAUUUUGCCAUCUGGGGGCUAUUGCACAAAAGUCGGAUAAAUACAUCCAGGAUAAAUGAAAAUGCGCGGCUUGAGUCAGCCUAGUCGGUGUUUUCUCGGAUUAAUCGGUUGCACG